AUGGCUUCCCUACAAACUUCAGCUCUGCUAUUCUCUUCAUCUUCUUCCUCUUCAAAUAAAAUCAAUGCUGCUAUUCAUGUCCCAAAACUUCCAAGAAUUCCUUUCUCAGUUCAAAAAAUGCCAACCAGAGAUCUGGUUGAGGAACUGAACGCAAGACCUAUCGAGUUGAAAUCGUUCAGCUCCAAUAGUAGUAGUAGUACUGUGAAUUCCCAGCUCUAUGCUGUCUUAGAGGCCGUAUCAGACAGAGUGGAGAUGCACUGCAAUGUUGGGGAGCAACGUGACAACUGGAACACCCUUCUUUUGAACUCCAUCAACAUGAUAACUCUAGCUGCUUCUACCUUGGCUGGUGUUGCAGCGAUGGGAGGCGCCGGAGUGCCGCUUUUGGCUCUGAAGUUAUCGUCUGCGCUCUUGUAUUCUGCAGCCACCGGGAUGUUGCUUAUAAUGAACAAAAUCCAGCCUUCACAGCUUGCUGAGGAACAGCGUAAUGCUGCAAGAUUGUUCAGGCAGCUCCAGACCCAAAUCCAAACAAUGCUUGCUCUUCGCUCUCCUUCUCAGGAAGAUGUGAAAAAGGUGAUGGAAAACAUGUUGGCGCUUGACAAAGCCUACCCACUUCCCUUGUUAGGAGCCAUGCUUGACAAAUUUCCUGCAACGUUCGAACCUGCCGUUUGGUGGCCUGAAAAUCAGUGCAGAGACGAAAACAAAUCAAAUGAAGGCCACAAAAAGCAUUCCAUGAAGAUGGAGAAGAAUGGAUGGAAUGAGGAACUGGAAGUAGAAAUGAGAGAUAUUAUCCAAGUGGUGAAGACAAAAGACAUUGAGGACUAUGUAAGGCUAGGCAACUUGGCGUUGAAAAUCAACAAGAUUUUAGCCAUCUCAGGCCCAUUACUCACCGGCAUUGCUGCCGUUGGCUCUGCUUUUGUGGGCAAUGGAUCGUGGGCAGCGAUAGUUGCAGUGACUGCCGGGGCUUUAGCAAGCACGGUUACUACUUUUGAGCAUGGUGGGCAAGUUGGGAUGGUAUUUGAGAUGUAUAGAAACUGCGCUGGAUUUUUCCGCGGAUUGGAAGAAUCAAUUGAAGUCACGCUUGAAGAAGGAGAUUUGGAGAAAAGAGAAAACGGAAAGUUAUUUGAGAUGAAGGUGGCUUUGCAGCUAGGAAGAAGCUUGUCGCAGCUCAGAGAACUCGCCAGAAAAUCAGCUUCUUCCCAUAGCCAUGGAACUGAAGUAGAUGAACUUGCAAGCAAGCUCUUCUGA